AUGGCCUCACAGUCUUUUAAGAUAACGGUAAUUGGAGCUGGAGUAUCCGGUCUCACAACGGCGUUAGUUCUCUCUCAGAAUCCCAAAUAUAGAAUCACCGUUGUCGCGAAAUUCAUGCCUGGAGAUUACGAUGCCGAAUAUGCGUCACCAUGGGCUGGGGCCAACUUUUGGCCUAUGGGAGCAGCUGGAAGUACACAGGCUGAAUUGGAAAAAUCUACAUGGUCGGAAUUAUCUAAAUUGGCUAAAGAGUAUCCCGAAUCUGGGAUUUCAUUCCAAAAGGCCUUUAUUCACACCCGUGUCGAAGAUGUAGGAAGGGUGGGAUCAUUAUUUUGCCAAAGUGAUAAAAAUCUGCCAUGGUGGAGUGAUCUUUUCCACGAUUUUAAAAGUCUAGAUCAGUCAGAACUCACUUCAGGGAUACACUCAACCUACGAAUUUACAACGGUCUGCAUAAAUACAGCAAUAUAUCUGCCAUGGCUUCUUUCUCAGUGCAUAAAGAAUGGAGUCAUCUUCAAGAGAGCAGUAGUAAAGCAUAUCGCUGAUGCUGCAUCUCUACACGCAAGCCAGAAACCGGCGGAUCUGGUGGUAAAUUGCACCGGGCUUAUGGCGCGAAAUUUAGGGGGUGUAGAGGACAAGACCGUAGUGCCUGCACGAGGACAAGUUGUUGUAGUUCGAAACGACCCAGGAAUCAUGGCUACCAUAUCGAAUACGAGUUCAAAGAAUGACGAGAUGGCAUAUAUGAUGUCCCGCCCAGGUGGUGGUGGAACGAUUCUUGGGGGCUGUUAUCAGGUGGGAAAUUGGAAUGCAUUUCCGGACCCCGAUCUUGCAGAGAGCAUAAAGAAAGGAUGUCUUGCCCUAUAUCCAGAAUUGACUCAAGGAAAAGGCGUGGAGGAGCUGAGUGUUAUUCGCCACGGUGUUGGGUUUCGCCCCUUGCGCCCUCAGGGUGUGCGUAUCGAAACUGAGCGCGUAAAGGGGACCCUAGUUGUUCAUAAUUACGGCCAUGGUGGUUGGGGGUAUCAAUCUUCGUAUGGAAGUGCUGCUGCUGUAGAUUUGCUUGUUGAGCGAGAGGUAAAGUUGAAUGCUAAGCUCUAG